CUUCGAAAGCUCCAGACCGUCGUUAUUAUUCACUAUAACAGUAUACGUGUCCUACUGUAGGCCUAUUAGCGUAGCAGUGUGGUGUAAAAUGUCGCAGCUAGAAUUCACUGUCUGGACAUUUUUAUGUCUGUCAGUUCUGCUCCACACAGUGUCAACAGAAAGCGUUUAUUAUACGUACUGUAAUGAUGGCACCUACAGGCUUGAUUCGGGGAUGUCGGGGACAUUCUAUGCGGCACGAUAUAGUAAUUCUUAUCAGAAUUAUGAAGACUGUUACUGGUAUAUAACUGUUCCUGUGGGAUACAGGAUAAAGGUGACUUUUACUAGAGAGUUGUAUAUAUAUGAAAACUCAGACGUUCUUCGCAUAUAUGACAGUUCCACCACCUCAAACCUGGUGGCGGUUUUUGGAUAUAGUUCCUGGGGCCAGCGUCCUCAACCAAUUUACUCAUCAGGUCGCUAUAUGACAUUUCACUUUUCUUCCGAUUCAAAUUACAGACACCAUGGAUUUGAGGCUCGAUAUGAGGCUGUCGAUAUUGACGAGUGCAGUAAUAAUACUGGAGGAUGCUCAGAUAAGUGUAUUAACACCCCAGGUAGCUACAGAUGUGACUGUGUUCGUGGUUAUGAGUUGUCGGGGUCCAGGACAUGCGUAGAUGUGGACGAAUGCAAUGCCACUACAUCAGUCAACGGUACCAAUAACUGUGAGCAUGGGGUUUGCAAUAAUCUGCCCGGCUCAUUCUACUGCACUUGUGAUAAGGGAUACUAUGGACCUAAAUGCAGCAAGUCAUGUCCUCCAAUUGCCAAUUGUCAGAGUGUCACGUGUAACCCACGUGACGGGUCUUCAAGCAGGUGCUUGUCUUGUCUCUAUGAUGACACUCCAGCGCCACCUUUUGAAAAUAGGGGGACUGCAUGCAGACCAAAAUGCUCGUGGAAAAAUGAAAGUCAUCAUUGUUUCCCUGGUGUGUGUACUGGGGCCAGUGAUCCAUGUAUUUGCUCAAUUGGGUUUACCGGAGACCAUUGUCUAGAAAUCACCCAGAAGCCUGCUGUGCACGACGCUGUGGUUAAUCUUAGACUGCAUUCUAAGGCUGUUACUGCAGUCCCAAGUGCCAGCACCACGACGGUUUACACUAACUUGGAAUAUCUGAACGUCGUCCAAGUCUCAUGGAAUGUUUCGUAUGACGCUGCUCUCCCGCCGAAACCAGGCUACAUUGAGGAGUUCUCUUUAGGUCUGACGGAAACCAAAGCCAACAUAGUUAUGUCUCUUAGAGGCGGUGCCAUCGUGGUGCAAAAUACCACCAUACCAUGUAAACAGCAAAAUGUUGAUGGUCCUUCCCUGGGUACUCUUUUCUGUGACAAGUUUGCAUCGUAUAUGUGGGGUUUUGUGAACGGGGACGUGAUUGACGUCACUAUAACUGCAAAGAAUGGCGGUUUCAUGAAGGUUCACGAUUAUGCUCUUGGUCUCAAUGCUACUGUUACCAAGUAUUACAAAGGCCUGAGUAUCGACCCGCUAAAAGCCCAGUUUGUGUUUGACUACGUGAAGCCUUUUCACUGUUAUGUUGUUGGCCAGAGAAACUGCAAAUCUACAGAUAUGAUGAAAGUGGAGCCCCAAAUUACUAGCACGGGCGAUUUCAACAUAAGUUGGUCCGGCUGGUUGGACACGAAUGCAGGAGUUGAUUCAUACACUGUAGAUAUAUAUGUUCUUAUGUACAGCGAGGAGAAGAAAGUUCUAGUCAGAUUCUCUGAAGAACCUGUAUUAAGUGCAAAGUUUGACCAGUAUGACAACAGUACCCAGUUUACCGUUGAUAACCCAGGUGUUUACUCAAUUGUAAUGACAGUUACUGACGCUGCCGGCAAUAGUAUCAAAACCAGACGAUUUGUUAUCUAUGAUUCUGCCUCCUCAAUUGACGUUUUUGCCAACAGCUCCCUUUCUGUAGACUCAUUAAACCACCAACCCCGUUCCUCAUGGAUCUCCAGCGCCAAUUCCCUAUCUAAAAAUGGCUCAACUGUCACAGUGUCGUGGAAAGACCAUUUUGUGAACAGAUUCUAUUUUGCGAACCAAUUCCUUGAUGAAAUUGCACUCUUUGAAGACAACCCAGAUCCUUCGUAUGACCAAAAGUUCGGCCUUCGCCCACAGCAAGCAGUCCCCAAUAUCAACGGCAUUGUCAAGUUCGAAGUGGACUACAAAGUGUACGGCCCAGGAUAUCGUGUCGACAAAGACGCCCCAGGGGACUGGAAAACUGUUCCCGGUGUCCCUGAAAACGUGUCUGUUGACAUACCACGAGUAGAACAGGACACAGUUAAAAUUUGGGUUCGUGCCAGUGAUCUGAAGGGAAACCACAAGGUCUCCAGUAUCACUCUGCGUGUUGAUGCAAGACCCCCCGUGAUAGGACAGGCUUCUAUUGAGGCUGGGAGUGUUGCUGUUAAAGCCCACGAUCAGGAGAGUGGUAUACAUAGAGUACGGUACAGAAUCACCGACGCUAUCACCGGGAAGCUGAUAGAAGACAACCAGGUUGACACGGAUAACCACUGCAAUGCGCCAACAUGUGUCUGUCUGCCGGCGGCCACGUGCAAAGCUAUAGUCGUUACCAUGAAGCCCGAUCCACGGCGUAUGAGUGCUGCCCAGAACAACGUUUCUAUCCAAGUCAUAGUGUACAACAAGGCCAGGUUGAAUGCCACAUACCAACUUUUUAGUGUUGCGUCAAACCAGUUCUCCAAAGAGGAAUGCUCCACAUCUUGGCGAAUUGACGGAACCCAUUGUUACCCUGGGAAAUGUGGACUUAACAACUGCACUUGUGAGAGGGGAUUUACUGGAGAGUACUGUCUUAGUAUUGCAGAGAAGCCAAUACUUAUUGAAGGAGAGAUAUCUGUCGUGUACGGUCAAAACAGGGCAGUUAUAGAAUUCAACGAUGUGUCUAAUACCAUAGCGCUGGGGUUCACUAGUCUGAAGAAGGCCCAGGGCGUCGUAAUGAAUUGGACCUUAACCUACAACCACUCCCUACCACGGCCACCGGGCUACAUUCCGUCCGUAGAUGUCGGUAUUGUCGAGUCUGGAAUGCUAUUCUCCAUCGUCAGAGGAUAUUACGAACUGCUGAGGGGAAACCUGACCUGUCAAACAAACCCAAGUCCAGACAAACCCAUUCACCACUUAAACUGCUACGGAUAUCAGCAUGUUAGCUGGACUUUCCACGACAGCGACAGGGUACAACUGACAGCUUAUGCACAAAAUGGCGGCUACAUCGACCUGCAGCCACCAGCUCGGUCUCCCUCUAUUCGUAAAUACUACCAGGGUCAGUCAAUCCGAAAACAAAUAGAACUGAGGUUUGACUUCAUGCGUCCGUUCCACUGUGCUGUGAGCUAUGGUUGCAAGAACUUGAUGCUGGAUGUUGGAGGCGGGAUACUGAAAACGUCUGACCUGAAGCUUGCCUGGUCAGGAUGGGUGGAUGCUGCCUCGGGCAUAGCCAACUAUACCUACACCAUUUACCGGCUGCACAACGGGUCAAAAGGACUCCUCACGGAAGACACAAGCGUCCAUAACCCAGCUUUUACCGGGGUAGUCUAUCCUGGUGAUAGGUUACCUGUGGAUGUGAAGCUGAACGAUUACGGACUGCACUCGGUUGUGUUAAAAGUACAUGAUAAAGCUGGUAACAGUAUCCUAGCUCGUCGGUUUGUUCUCUAUGAUGACGUCAGCAAACACAAACCAGAGAUAGCCGCCGGCGCCCGUGUUAGAAUAAUCGGUAGCAAUGGCGGGUGGCUAAACGCGGCCACUGAUGUGAUAACUGUAGACUUUCAAGGUGUGUUUGUUAACCAGUUUCACACGGAUAACGGUUUCUUUGGACGAAUCGACGGUUUCAUCCCUGCUAUAGAGCCUGGCUAUGACGACCGCGAGUUUCAGAAUAAUGUUGCAGGGGCUAAGAACGUCGAUGGAAUUGUUCAAUUCAAGAUCGCUUUCAUGUUCUUUGAAUCUGAUUCUGCUGCCAAUGUUUCGAGUCCAGCUGUCUGGAACACUUUGCCUGAUCCUACAACCCAACAGUACAACAUCACAGUUCCUAAGUCAGCACGUGUCACCAGAGUUUGGGUUAAGGCUGUUGACGCCAUGGGAAGUGAUGUCAUCGACAGUGUGACAGUCAAGGUUAACUCUGUAGCCCCAACUGUAAACGCUCAGAGUGUGUUUAACGGGAUGGGAAGAAUUCACCUUACUGCCCAGGAGUUAGAGAGCGGAAUAGAUCGCAUUGAGUGGAAGCUGUUCAACCUGACAGACGGAGCCUUAGUAUUUGGUCGGAACUUUUCUGUGCCUGAUGGUACGUGUAACCCCCUUGACUGUACUUGUCACAUGGUUAAGGGCAAGUGUACCUUUGUCAGUUUGUUCCUCACUCCUGGGGGUGCGACCUUACCAAACUCAGGACUGAGGUCAGAAGUCACCGUUACUAGCAAUGCCGGAAUUUCUACUGUUUCUCAGAAAAUGGUGAAGUCUUCAGAUUUGAAAGUUGCUAGUGUUUCACCGGUUAUUCAGUGACGCCUUUAAGUAAAGUGAAAGGAUGACGUCACUUUUCUGAAAACAUUGAACCAAACAACACUUCGCCUGCCUACGGACUUCGAAUAAGAAAAUUUAGUUAAGCUGAAUUUGUUGUGAUUGAAAUGCUUAUGCUUUUUCUUUUUGUGCUUUUGUUUAUGAAAACUUAUGUCAUUAGUCACUUAUUGCAAAGACAACUUCGAUUAUCGAAAAAGAAAUUGUACAUGUACAGGGUAUGAAGAAAAUAUGAAGAAUGAUGGAAAUUUUUAAUGAACUGCAUCGGAGCUGCUGAUCGAAAAACAAUGAAAUUAAAUAAAUUGAUCAUUUUUAUUACAUACGUUCACCUAAUUUAAUACAAUAAACACUUUAAUUAAUUUAAUGGGAUUAUAAAGAAACAGGUGAUUCCGUCAUUUAUAUGCAAUUAAAUCAUAUUGAAAAUGACGUUCUAUGUAUACAUCAAUUAUUGUAUUAAUGAAAACGGUAAAUUUUGUUCAGUUUAUUUCUACUAACUAUCGAUCUAAUAACUGGGUGCACUUUUGUUUUUCAAAUGUUUAUUUGUAAUGUCCUACAUGUGUAUCUCGCUGCAACUUCAUUUGCUCUUUU